CACUAAUUAAAUGCCAUCUGGGUGGUUCCUCUGGGUUUUUGAGCCCAUCACCCUGUUCAGACCGAGUCAGAGCCCAAGGAGGAGAACAUGAUGAUGGACCUUUUUGAAACUGGCUCCUAUUUCUUCUACUUGGACGGGGAAAAUGUUACUCUGCAGCCAUUAGAAGUGGCCGAGGGCUCUCCUUUGUACCCAGGGAGUGAUGGUACCCUGUCCCCCUGCCAGGACCAAAUGCCCCCGGAAGCCGGGAGUGACAGCAGCGGUGAGGAACAUGUCCUGGCGCCCCCGGGCCUACAGCCUCCCCACUGCCCCGGCCAGUGUCUGAUAUGGGCUUGCAAGACUUGCAAGAGAAAAUCUGCCCCCACUGACAGAAGGAAAGCUGCCACUCUGCGCGAAAGGAGAAGGCUAAAGAAAAUCAACGAGGCCUUCGAGGCACUGAAGCGGCGGACUGUGGCCAACCCCAACCAAAGGCUGCCCAAGGUGGAGAUUCUCCGGAGUGCCAUCAGCUACAUUGAGCGGCUGCAAGACCUGCUGCACCGGCUGGAUCAGCAGGAGAAAAUGCAGGAGUUAGUUGUGGACCCCUUCAGCUACAGACCCAAGCAAGAAAAUCUUGAGGGUGCGGAUUUCCUGCGCACCUGCAGCUCCCAGUGGCCAACUGUUUCGGAUCAUUCCAGGGAGCUCGUGAUAACUGUCAAGGAAGGCGGGCCAAGUAUUGAUUCGACGGCCUCCAGUAGCCUUCGAUGCCUGUCUUCCAUCGUGGAUAGUAUUUCCUCCGAAGAAUGUAAACUCACCGGCGUGGAGGAGGUGGUGGAGAAGUAACUUCGAGCAGAGCCUGCACUUGAGCCAUCCUCUACAAAACAGGAAGAUCCACCCACUCUCCUUCGCCUAAUCCAUCGGAUUAGGUCACAUUACAGUGAUAUUUAGGAACUCACACCCGGGAGUUUAUAACAAAGAAGGAGACACAGUCACAAAAGAAACGUCUUGGAAACUGUUGUACACACUCAGAUGAAAAAGCCCUUUGGCUUAGGGUUUUCAUUUUUGGAACAGCUAGUGAUUUAGGUCUAGCACCCUUACUUUGGUUGGUUGGUUUUGUCAUAUAUUAACUUUUAUUAAGGUGAUUCUUUAGUGCCAUGUUCCAAAGAAGUUCAUUCCUGUCUAAAGCAAAGUUACAACAUUGCUUUUCACUGUUAGUGUUAUUUAAUGUAUUUUUUUUUGUAAAUAUUAGUACUUUCCUUUUAUAUGUAAACCUAAGAAAUAUGUUUUAAAUGUGGAAUGGCAUAUUGUAUAUAAAAUGUGCGAGGAUCCUAGUAUUGUGAUAUUAAAAAAAAGUUUCUAUA